AUGUUGGCGAUAAAGGAGAGCAGAGAUCAUCUGCUGCCUUGGAUGCCAUGGGCCAAAGAUGAUCAACAUUUAGACAACGAGGAGAUGAAACAGAUGUUAAUAUCAAUGUUCAGUGAACAGUUUCAUUCUGGACUUGACUACCCUUAUGGCAUCUUCCUUCGACCGCCUCAACUCACUGAUGGGCAACAGCAACAUCAAGAAGUGUUUGUUGGAUCAACAGGUCUACACCCAAGAAUCGAACCAAAGAAUGAAGCAAUGGAGAUUGGAUACUGGAUGCAUGUUGAUCAUCUCAAUCGAGGCUUGUGUACUGAGGCCGUACGUGCAUUGGUCUGUGUUGGCUUUGAUCACCUGCGUUUGAAGACACUGGAGAUACACAGUGAGCGUAACAAUCAACUCAGUCAGAGGAUACCCAAACGACUGGGCUUUCAACCAUCAGCACAUCCAUCCGAACAUGAUGUCAUUGUAUGGACACUUCAUCGCGAGGACUACAUCAAAAUGCUCGAACAUCAUCACGAUCAAUCACAAAAUGACAAUCAAUGGAACAACACUCUUGCCACUCUAGAGAUAUUCGAUGAUGAUGGCACUAGAGUAUAUCCUUGUUGA